AGGAUAAACGUACAGACAGGAAGGACUGACCCAAGAGCGUUAGAGAGAGAGAGAGAGCCAGAGAGAGAGAGAGAACAAGAGAGCAAGGGAGAGAGGGACUAUCCAGCACUCAGUCAUUAUGCUUCCAGGGAUAGCAGAGAGAGAGACUACAGAGCCAUACUACUACAAUAUCUGUGUCCUGUAAUUUUGGAACUUUUUCACUUUCAUUUGUUAACUUUUUUUCACAACCUUAUGUUUUUAAUCUAACAAUAUAUUUUCUUCAUUCUGAAGCAGAGGACUUGGCUGUUACUUCUUCUUGUGUUCUCUGGGAUAUUUCUAAUGGUACUCUGCCCUCUGGUCUCCAGUGAUCAGCACACUGUGGACCAGGGACCUCUCAGCCCCUGACAAGCCAUAGUGGAGAGGCUGCUUGGCUGCUUGUCGUCAGGGCUGGGUUGCUGCUGCUUCUUCUUUGCAGGGAAUGCAAAGGGACGCUCCUGAAAAGCCUACUGAGGGGACUCAAGGUGAAGGAAGGGAAGGGAAGGAAGGAGCUGUGGCCCCACAGAACUGAGAGAACUGCCCCCCUCCCCAACCAUCCCACUGCAGCAUGGAUCUCCCCCCAUUCAGAGGUCUUUCUGAUGUGCCGUGAGAGGUGCGAGCCCCCCGCCCCAGUCCCGACCCCCUCCCUGGUGCUCCUUCUCCCAGGACCAGGAUGGACCCUCUCCCGGGUCAUGGCCCUCCACCAGUCAGGAUGGACGUUGAUGGGCUGGACCUCCAGCAGGUGCCUGUCCUCUCCCUGGACCAGAUCCGCUCCAUCCGCGCCAACAACGACUACGUGGAGCGCCCCGUGACCCUGGACCAUGCCUCCCAGUCCGGCUUCUUCUACGCCCACGAUGACCGCUACCCCAUCACCCACGGAUACCCUCCUCAAGGUUACUCUCAUGGUUACCCUCAGGGAUACCCUCUCCCCCGGAGCCAGAGCCAGCAGCAACACGCCCACCUUGCCCAUCUGAGUCGCUCCAGUACUACCAGUUCAGCCAUGUCCCGGAUCAGCGCUGCCUCCGACCAGAGACUCCUGGUGGGCUUGACGCCCUCCCACUCUGGCCUGGCCUCGGUGGUGCGCUCCCAGCCUAAAGGAGAACUCAAGCCUGAGGCUUCUCUGGGUAAAGGCCUGGUGGAGGGAGAGGACCUGGCCUUGCACCUGUUUAUCUGUGAGCGCUGUGGGAGGUGUAAGUGUCAGGAGUGCUGCGCUCCGCGAAGCCUGCCGUCCUGCUGGGCCUGUGGGCAGCGCUGCCUUUGCUCUGCUGAGAGUGCUGUGGAGUAUGGCACCUGUCUGUGCUGCGUUAAGGGCCUGUUCUACCACUGCUCCACUCAGGAUGACGAGGACAACUGUGCUGACCGGCCCUGCGCCUGCACAUCCGCCCACGCCUGCACCCGCUGGGGCACCAUGGGCCUUCUGGCGCUGUGCCUGCCCUGUCUCUGCUGCUACCCACCUGCCAGGCUGUGCCUCGCCCUGUGCCAGCGGGCCCACGACCGAGCCACCCGCCCCGGCUGCCGCUGCAGCAACACCAACACUGUGUGCCGUAAGAUCUCCACCUCCAACCCCAACCCUGGGCACACCCCCUUCUGCAGCAAGUCCCUGGAAAAGCCUGUAUGA